ACGUAUUUGACAUGAGAGCACGUGAUUAGUAUGUGUUGUUAGUGUUUCUUACCUACUGGACGUAAAUAUGUUUCGACAGACGAUAUUAUGUCAUCUCCAUUUUACCAUUGUUUUCAUCGGAGCCGUAAAUCCAGCGUUUAUCCCCAAAACAAAUUGGUUUGCCGAUGCGCAGAAGGAACUACAAAGAAGUCUGCGUGCACAAAGAAACACAAACAUUGCUAAAAAUGUGAUAUUAUUUGUUGGUGACGGGAUGGGCGUCAGUACGGUUUCCGCAGCCCGGAUACUCAGGGGUCAGCUGCAGGGUCGUCCAGGGGAGGAAACUGUACUGGAAUUUGAGAAAUUUCCACACGUAGGGAUGUCUAAAACGUACGCAAACGACUUACAAACUCCCGACUCAGCUUCAACAGCCACAGCAAUGAUGUGUGGAGAGAAAACAAACGGAUACACGGUCGGGGUUAACGACAAUGUCAAAGUCGGAAACUGCUCCAGUCAACCCGGAAAUGAACUGCGCUGCAUUACGGAUUGGUUCCAAGAUGAGGGACGAUCAUCUGGGGUUGUAACAACAACGAGGGUAACCCAUGCUACGCCGGCAGCUGCCUAUGCUAAAACUCCCAAUCGGAAUUGGGAAGGCGACUCCUUGAUGGAGGGCUAUCCCUUAGAAGGAUGUGGCAAAGACAUUGCACAUCAACUCGUCUUCAACUCAACGCUUAAGGUUGUAAUGGGAGGCGGACGGGUAUUUUUCCGUGACAACACUACUACUGACCCAGAAUGGGACAUUCCAGAUUUCAAACGCCGAGAUGGAUUGGACCUUGUGGCGGAAUGGAAAAAGAUGAACAAGCACAAACGGGCAAAAUAUGUUUGGAAUAAGGCCCAGUUUGACAAGGUGGAUCCCUCCAAAACUGACCACCUUCUCGGCCUAUUCGAGGCGUCCCACAUGAACUAUGAGUUAGACAGGGCCUCUGAUAUUGCUGGGGAGCCGUCACUAGCAGAAAUGGCGGAAAAAGCAAUUAAAAUUCUCCGGAAAGAUCCGAAAGGUUUCUUUUUGUUGGUUGAAGGUGGGAGAAUAGACCACGGUCACCAUCAAAACAACGCUAUGAGAGCUUUGCAUGACGUUUUGGUAUUUGAGGAUGCUGUAAAGAAGGCAGUCCAGUUGACCAAUGAGAAAGAGACACUUAUAAUUGUCUCUGCGGAUCAUUCCCAUGUGUUUACGAUGGCUGGAUAUUCCCUAAGAGGAAAUGACAUAUUCGGUAUGUCCAACAAUCCUACGAAGAAUUUUGAUAUGGACGGUGUACCAUAUACAACACUUUCAUAUGCAAAUGGACCGGGACAUAGAUAUGGAUACCGUAAUAUCUCUGACGUCAUAAACUCAACUUCCCUGGAUUUUAAGCAGGAAACCACUGUUCCUUUACGGUCCGAGACCCACGGUGGAGAAGACGUGGCUAUCUAUGCCAGAGGGCCUAUGUCUCAUCUGAUACAUGGGGUCCACGAGCAGCACUAUAUAGCCCACGUAAUGGCGUACGCCGCAUGUGUAGGGCCAAGUAUGUGUGACAGAUCCGGAUAUAAGUGAACAGUGAAAAAUCAGCAUUCAUGGCAUAUCUGUCUGAGAAAAAGAAAAAAAUGGACAUCCUCGGAAGGAGGAUGCCUGGUAUUAAACGGAACUGAAGGGUGUGAGUCGGGCAUGACCGUUUAUAGAAUUGAGUAUACAAUGGGUACAUACAGGUUGUGUAACAAACUCUGGUCAGAAAUAUCGUUAGGUUUUACGGCAUUGAAAUAAUUCAAAAAUGUCUUCAAAUAGAUCUUUCUCAAAGUUCAAUGACGGAAAUUAUUAAGUUACCAGAGAAAGUUCGAGAUAACGUGUCUCUUAAAAUAUUUUGGUUUUUACAUGAAAGCGAAAGGAAAACAUGAAAAUUUGAAAUCAAUUUGAGACGCAUUUAUGAUAAUGUUCUUUAUGCUAGACUGAUAUUAAACUAUUCUUUGUUAAAAAGAUAUUUUUCUUACUACAGUAUUUUCCUUUUAAAGAUAUCCUAUGCUCUUUAACAUAUUUGCUGUUAGAUAAUUAUAUAUUAAGAAUAGUGUUUUUUCGAUAUGGUAUAUGUGAAAUAAGCAAGGAUAAUUAGAUUGUUGCGUUGACAAAACUGUGGACAUCUAUGAAAACCAUGGACAGCGUUAUCAAUACCUUAAAUGCUUAAAUAUGUCGUUACAAAUAUCAAAGGCUUAGUACACGCCAGUUUGGAGACGAUUUCUGCAUUAAAAGAAAUACUUUUACAGUA